CCCUCGCCGUCCCUGCGGCUGCCAUCCCGAGCGCGAGCUGGGCCAGCCGGCGAUGGGCAGCCGCGACGCGGAGCCGCCCGGAGAGCUGCAGCCCGACCCCGCCUGAGCCUGCCUGGAUCAGUAGCCGCCGCCGCCGCAGGAUGGGCUAAGGCUCGGGCCCUGCCGAGGCCAAGGAGGAAGCCAGCAGGCAGGCAGGCAGGCGGAGAGGAGAGGAGCCCGCCGCCCGGGCGCGUGAGGCAGGCUGCCGGCCGCGCUCGCCUCCGCCUCGACUCGCGCCUUUGUUCUUGCCCGCCCGCCCUCGCCGAGGGGGCGGCGGCGGCGGCGACGACUCCUCAUGGGCAGCGCGGCCGGGGCGCCCGGGGCUGAAGCGCCGCUGCUGCCUCCGCGGACACCCUGCCUCCUCCGCCGGGGGAUGAGCGCCCCCCGCCGCCUCCUCCUGCUCCGCCGCCCGGGCGCGCCGCUGCCGCCCUGACCGGCCCUCGGGCCGCCUCCGCCGCCGCGAUGGUGGACCCGGUGGGCUUCGCCGAGGCGUGGCGCGCGCAGUUCGCCGACUCGGAGCCUCCCCAGAUGGCGCUGCGCUCGGUGGGCGACAUCGAGGCGGAGCUGGAGCGCUGCAAGGCGUCCAUCCGCCGCCUGGAGCUGGAGGUGAACAAGGAGCGCUUCCGCAUGAUCUACCUGCAGACGCUGCUGGCCAAGGAGAAGAAGAGCUACGACCGGCAGCGCUGGGGCUUCGCCAGACCCGCCCGCGCCGGCCUCGACGACGACGACGAAGACGAGGGGACGGCCGCGGCCGACGACGGAGACGUCGGGGCGCAGACGACCGGCCAGGCCAGGCCGCCGCCAAGCGGCAAACCCCACCACCACCACCGGCCACGCCCGCCUGCCCUCCGCAAGCUCUCGGCGGCGCACAGCGACGGCUCCGAGGCGGACAGCCCGACGCAGCAGCCCGACGGCAACGGCGAGGCGGCGGAAGGGGGCUCCCCGGCCAGGGCCCGGGCAGCUCCCAGCAGCGGGAACAGCAGCAGUAGCCGCCGCCAGCGCCUUCUGAGCGUCUCCUCGGAGAAGGAGGCGGGCGCCUUCGAGCCGGUGGGCAGCCGGGAGCGCGGAGGGGGCGGCGGCGGCGGCGCGGCCAGCAACGUGGCGGCGCUGCGCUGUAACUUCGAGCGGGGGCUGAAGAAGUCGUUGACGACGGCAGCGGCGGAUGGGAAGGAGCCGUUGUCCGCGCCGCCCUGCUCGUCGGACAAGCCCUUCUACGUGAACCUGGAGUACCACCACGAGAAGGGCCUGGUGAAGGUGAACGACAAGGAGGUCUCGGACCGGAUCAGCUCGCUGGGCAGCCAAGCCAUGCAGCUGGAGGCACGGAAGAAGCUCUUGCCGGGGCUGCGCGGCCGCUCGACCGAGGCCUGCUUCGGCGACGGCGACUACGACGACGCGGAGCUCAACGCCCGCUUCCUCAAGGACAACCUGCUGGACGGCAACGGCGCUGCCCGCUCGUCCUCUGCCUGGCAGGCCGCCCCCUCGGACUUCCAGCCCUACCAGAGCGUCUACGUCGGGGGCAUGAUGAUGAUGAUGAUGGCGGCGGGGGGCGAAGGCGCCGGGGAGCCCGGGGGCAAAGCCGCCCCGCCGACGCCGCUGCUGCGCGGCCACUCGGGCGCCGCCGUCGAGCCGGAGAAGCCGCUGACCUGGCCGCGCCGCUCCUACUCGCCGCGCAGCUUCGACGACAUCGGCGGCGGCUACACGCCCGACUGCAGCUCCAACGAGAACCUCACGUCGAGCGAGGAGGACUUCUCGUCGGGCCAGUCCAGCCACGUCUCGCCCAGCCCCACCGCCUGCCGCCUCUAUGGCCGCGACAAGAGCCGCUCGCCCUCCCAGAACUCCCAGCAGUCCUUCGACAGCAGCAGCAGCCCCCCGACGCCCCAGUCCCAGAAGCGGCACCGGCAGCAGCAGCAGGUCGUGGUCUCCGAGGCCACCAUCGUGGGCGUCCGCAAGAGCGGGCAGAUCUGGCCCAGCGAGGGCGACCUGCCGGCCGGCAGAGCCUCUCUGGACAGCUGCUACCACCUCGGAGAGGCAGACUUGUCUUUUAGCGGGAUGCCGCCCGGCUACGCCUAUGACGUGGACAGGGCCGAAGAGCAGCGUCGCCACCAUGACAUGAUGCCCUACAUCGACGACUCGCCCUCCUCCUCUCCCCAUCUCAGCUCCAAGAGCCGAGGCAGCCGUGACACCAUUUCCUCGGGGUCUCUGGAAUCCACAAAAUCAAGUGAGCCAGACUUGGAGAAGGGCUUGGAGAUGAGGAAAUGGGUCCUGUCUGGAAUCCUGGCUAGUGAGGAAACCUACUUAGGCCACCUUGAAGCUCUGUUGCUGCCCAUGAAGCCUCUCAAAGCUGCUGCCACCACCUCACAGCCUGUGCUGACCAGUCAGCAGAUCGAAACCAUCUUCUUCAAAGUGCCUGAGCUCUACGAGAUCCACAAGGACUUCUAUGACGGGCUCUUCCCACGGGUGCAGCAGUGGAGCCACCAACAGAGGGUGGGGGACCUCUUCCAGAAGCUGGCCAGCCAGCUGGGAGUGUACCGGGCCUUCGUGGAUAACUAUGAGGUUGCCAUGGAGACGGCAGAGAAGUGUUGUCAGGCCAACGCUCAGUUCGCAGAAAUCUCCGAGAAUCUCAAGGCUAGAAGCACCAAGGAUUCAAAAGAGCAGACGACGAAAAACUCCUUAGAAACUCUCCUUUACAAGCCAGUGGACCGAGUCACACGCAGCACCCUUGUGCUCCACGAUCUACUGAAGCAUACUCCUUCGAGCCACCCUGACUACCCUCUUCUUCAGGAUGCCCUCCGCAUCUCCCAGAACUUCCUGUCUAGUAUCAAUGAGGAGAUCACACCCAGGAGACAAUCCAUGACAGUCCAAAAGGGAGAGCACCGUCAGCUCAUGAAGGACAGUUUCAUGGUGGAGCUGGUCGAAGGAGCCCGUAAGCUGCGCCAUGUUUUCCUCUUCACCGAUCUGUUCCUGUGUGCCAAGCUCAAGAAGCAGAUUGGAGGGAAAAGUCAGCAGUAUGACUGCAAGUGGUACAUUCCACUCUCAGACCUCAGCUUUCAAAUGGUGGACGAUUCAGAGGCAGUGCCCAACAUCUCCCUUGUGCCAGAUGAGGAGCUGGAUGCUAUGAAGAUCAAGAUUUCUCAACUGAAGAGUGACAUCCAACGGGAAAAAAGGGCUAAUAAGGGCAGCAAGAAUAUGGAGAGGUUGAAAAAGAAGCUUUCGGAGCAGGAAUCCUUGCUUCUACUGAUGUCUCCUAACAUGGCAUUCCGAGUGCAUAACCGCAAUGGCAAGAGUUACACAUUCCUCAUCUCAUCUGACUACGAACGGGCAGAGUGGCGAGAGAUCAUCCGGGAGCAGCAGAAGAAAUGUUUCAAAAGCUUCUCGCUGACUUCAGUGGAGCUCCAGAUGCUGACAAAUUCCUGUGUGAAACUUCAGACUGUGCAUCACAUCCCCCUCACGAUAAACAAAGAAGAUGAUGAGUCCCCUGGUCUCUAUGGGUUCCUGAACGUCAUUGUCCAUUCUGCCAGCGGCUUCAAGCAGAGCUCAAACCUCUACUGCACUUUAGAAGUGGAUUCCUUUGGGUACUUCGUGAACAAGGCAAAAACGAGAGUUUACAGAGACACAGCAGAGCCCAACUGGAAUGAGGAAUUUGAGAUAGAACUGGAGGGUUCACAGACACUGCGAAUCUUGUGCUACGAGAAGUGUUACAACAAAACCAAGCUUACCAAAGAAGAUGGAGAGACCACAGACCGAAUCAUGGGGAAAGGCCAAAUCCAGCUGGAUCCACAGACAUUGCAAGAUAAAGACUGGCAACGCACUGUCAUAUUGAUGAAUGGAGUUGAAGUGAAGCUGUCUGUGAAGUUCACCAGUAGAGAGUUCAGCUUAAAGAGGAUGCCCUCCCGCAAGCAAACAGGCGUAUUUGGAGUAAAGAUUGCAGUGGUCACCAAGAGAGAGAGAUCAAAGGUGCCUUACAUUGUGCGCCAGUGUGUCGAGGAGAUUGAGCGUCGUGGCAUGGAGGAGGUGGGCAUUUACCGAGUCUCUGGCGUUGCCACCGAUAUCCAGGCUCUGAAAGCUGCUUUUGACGUCAAUAACAAAGAUGUCUCCGUCAUGAUGAGCGAGAUGGAUGUGAAUGCCAUUGCAGGGACCUUAAAGCUCUACUUCAGAGAACUGCCUGAGCCCCUCUUCACAGAUGAACUCUAUCCCAACUUUGCUGAAGGCAUUGCACUUUCAGAUCCAGUUGCUAAGGAAAGCUGUAUGCUGAACCUACUGCUGUCUCUUCCAGAACCCAACCUUGUCACAUUCCUUUUUCUCCUGGACCAUUUGAAAAGGGUUGCUGAGAAGGAGAACAUCAACAAGAUGUCACUUCACAAUCUGGCAACUGUUUUUGGACCAACGCUGCUCAGGCCAUCGGAAAAAGAUAGUAAAAUCCCUGCUAAUCCAACUCAGCCAAUAGCCAUGACUGAUAGCUGGUCACUAGAAGUCAUGUCCCAGGUCCAAGUUCUUCUCUACUUCUUGCAGCUAGAGACUAUCCCCACCCCUGAUAGCAAGAGACAGAGUAUCCUGUUCUCCACAGAAGUGUAGGAGCCUUGAUCAGUCCGUGUGAAAUUUGCCAUGGGUGUGAACUGCCCCACUCUGGGAAUGAGAGAAACACAUUACUCCUUCAGACAUUCCUGGUCUGUCCUUGCCUACCAGGAGGAAAUAAGGCCUUCAGUCCCUCUGCUAUUUGCCAGGCAAUGAUAGGCUGAAGACUUUUUUUAAAAGAAAAAGAAAGAAAGAUUCCUUCCUCUUUUGACCACUAGAACAAGAAAGAACUGGGCCAGGCUGUGCUGUGAGUUUUCAACCAGCAGAGGGUAGCCCUGAGCAGCAAAAACUGUUUCUUGUGGGGUAUGUGAAAGAACAGAUUCCUCUGUGGGUUUUGUUUUUUUUAAUGGAAUUAAUUUUAUCUUUGGGAAGCUUCAAGAUUUCUACUUGGACCUCUUGUGAAGAGCAAAAGGAUAUAUCAAAACUGUAGCUUUAAUAGCUGCUGUUUUGGUUUUUAAUGGAAUACUGCAAAGUAUAUGCAUUUAUGAUGCCCUCUACAUGGAAAUUUAAAUCUUGAUUUCAACUAGUCUCUUUUUAAUAAAUUAAUUAAUGAAUUAGAGGCUUCAUAUACAAUCAGACCUCUUGGUUGGUUGUUGUUUUUGUCACAGACUUGCCUCUUUUCUUGGAAAUGGAGAGAAGAAACCACAUUUUCUUGCCUUUUGUCCCUUUUUGGGUAGGGGUUGAUAAAGGAGGCACUUCCUGUUGCAUCAUAUUAAGGCCAGUGUGGUAAAGGAGACUGGGGGAGGGUGUGAUGAUGGCAAGUAUUUAGAUGACCUUACUUUAUGAACCAAAAAAAUAAUGGGCAAUGCUAAAGUGAAAGAUUUGCUAAAUUCUUCAGGCAUUCUAAAUAGAAUAGAAGAUCACUUGCAAAAUGAGGAGCUUCAUCCCAUUUCCCCAUAUAAAAAAGAAAAAAAAACUUUUAUCCAGUUCUCCACCCAGAUGAUGAAGGCUGUGCCUACACAUAAACACCAUAACAUUUCUUCAGAGAUCUGGGGACAAAUGUCAAUGGCUGUCUCCCAGCUGCUUGACCUAAACUUUCAUCAGAAUCGCUUUUUCGAUACUUGAAUUUUUAUGUUCUUUCUUGAGACUUUGUAUGUUGCUUAUGGAAAUUGUCUUUUCCACCUCAACCCCUUUUUUGCUGGUAAAUAUAAAUGUUUUGAUAAGAUGUUUGAUAACCUACACAAUGAUGGUUGAUUGAGCAGGGAGCAUUUUGUAUUUUUCAGAAAUCCUAGACAUUCAUGGACUUCAGAGCAGCCGCAUCUAGGCACCAGUGAAUUAUACCACUGGGAAAGGAUCAGUGCUGGGAACUGGAAACAUGAACUAAUUGUAGAGUCCUCAAAUGGACAGGGAGGUUUUUGCUUUUGCUCUGAUUUUACAUUAUAUUUGGGGAGAUAUUUUGCCUAUCGCUUCCCACUUGGUCAUCCAGCAUAAUUUUUAGUUAUACCCAUACAUGCCACCAGUUUUACCAAGAAGACCAGAAACCGCUUGCAGGCAAGGGAGAAGAAGACAGAGCCCCUCCUUCCUUAUUAAAAGUGUGAUAAAGGGCUAAGAUGUUAAACUAAAUUGUUGGCUUGGUUCAGGAGAAGGAUUGAAGUAGGGAAUGAGACUCCCACAAAGGUUUGUCAUGUUCCUAAGUUCUGAUAAAUAAAAGUGAUUCUCCUUGUUAAACGAAACUAAAAGGUAGUGGAGAAAUGUAUGCUUUGACAGCCUUACUGAUGGGUUUUUUUUUGGUACUGUUCCAUAAUGUCAGCUGCUUUGGGUAUUAUGAAAUCACACAUUCCGAAAGAGAGGAGAGGUUUUGUCAUUUUCUAUGUGUAUUCCCAUACCUUUCAUGUUCCUUAAAAUUAUUCAUAUGGGAAUCUGAUAUUGCUUAGCUCCUCUUCCUACCAAGGCUACGAUACUGUCCCUGUUUAGACGUAACCUAUUUCAGCUUAUUAUUUUAUUGUUCUCACUUUAUUUUAUACUGUUAUUGUUUUUCUAAUUGUCAUUAUUGUAUUUUAACAAUUUUUCUGUAAGCCACUCACAGAACUUUGGUUACAGAGUGGCAUAGAAAUACCGUUAAUUAAUAAAUUAAAUUAUUAAGCCAA